GUUUCAAUUCCAAACAUGGUUAUCCUUCUCUGGGUCUCUCCCCCGCCUCUACUGCUCCAUGUUUCCAACAGUCUUCAAUCCAGUAAGGCAGAGUGAACAGAAGCGGAGAAAAAGGAAACAUUGUGGGGCUGAUGUUGUAAAAUUCAGGAGGACUAGUGAAUGCCAGUGGAAUUCAAUGGAAUGGAAUUAUGCAGCAGCCUUUAUUCCAACUGUUUUUUAAAAAGUUUGAACCAAACUGUAAGUGUUUUAUGAAUUCUUUUGAUUGAGUCGGAGACGCAAAAGACAGAAACAUGAAUGUUGGCGACUUUUUUGGCACUAUAAUUUACAACAAUACACUUUGCGAUGGAUGGACCAACAACACUGAAGGUGCCAUCUACCAUCUGGGAAACACCAUUCUUUUUUUGGGGUACAUGGGAGGCAGUGGAGCAUAUGGGGCUCUGUACAUCUUCAGUUUCUUGGCUCCCUCCUUCCUGUGUCUGGGUCUUUGGGGCUGGCUGACAGUGUGUGGCCUUGAUGUCUUCCUCUGGAACAUGCUGCUGAUGCUGCAGUGCUUGGCACAGGUGUGUCAUCUGAUUUUUCGGCUGAUGCAGGAUGGUUUAGCCAAUGAAGAGCUUUCUGCACUGUACACAGCUGUCUAUCUGCCACUGGAUGUACCUGUGCAGGUGUUUAAAGAGAUCACUGCUGCAUGUGAGAACAAAGUGCUCUCUCUAGCGGCUGAGGAGACAUAUGCUGUGGAAGGGAAGACACCCAUUGACCAGUUGUCCUUCCUCCUUUCUGGCAGGAUUAGAGUCUCCUUAGAAGGUCAGUUUCUCCAUUAUAUCUUCCCUCACCAGUUUCUUGACUCACCAGAAUGGGAAUCUCUUAGACCAACAGAAGAGGGGAACUUCCAGGUGACACUAACUGCAGAGACAGACUGCCAUUACAUCUCUUGGCGCAGACGUCGGCUUUACCUUCUACUGUCCAAGGAUCGUUACAUCGCCCGACUAUUCUCUGUCAUGCUUGGAAGUGACAUCGCUGACAAACUCUACUCACUCAAUGACAAGCUAUUUGCAAAGAGUGGUGUGCGCCUUGAUAUUCGUCUCCCCAGUCUCUACCAUGUUCUUGCCCCCUCACCACAGGGCAGUGAGGGCGGCAGUGCUAGCUCACCACCCCGGGGAAGCCAAGAAGAUCCUACAGUUGUCAAGGUUGAUCCAACACCUAACCAAGGCUCAGAUGCAAGAAACUCCAAGCAGAAUCAGGAAAAGGCCCCUAUGCCCAAACCCCUGCACCAAAUGUGGCCCUCAGACACAGAGAUGCCCUUUGGUGAGGACUCAACCAGCUUGGUCCUGGAGGACUUUGCUGAUAUGACAGGCUCUCUAAUGGACUAUGGGAAUGAGAGGGAAUAUUUGAUGUAAAGAUUGGGGUGUUGAAGCUAACACACUGGGCCACUUCUUAAGUUAUGUAAGUACACACGUAAAGAAUGAGGGAUGGGAGUAGUCUGAACAGGGCCUGUUUGAGGGGGAGUCUAUUAUGCAUGAAAAGGCACAACUGCACUAAUUGACAUUGGACUGCAUGAACACUUACUAAUUGAGAGAAUGCAGAGUGAAAAUUGUGCAUGCAGUUUUGUUGUAUUUGAUGAUUCUUUUUUACUUGCUUUUAGUGUUGUCGGAUGGUUUUAGUGAAAGCAAUGAAGGAAUAAUUGAAUAUGCUACAGAAUAAGAUAGAUUAGCUAUAUUUUGGGGACAGAAAUGCCCCCCCCCCAAAAAAACAUAUCUUUUGGGAAUGUCCUGUAAAGUAAAUAAUGUUUUAUUAUUAUUAUUAUAAAAAGGAGUUAGUCUCUAGUAAUUAAGGGUCCAAGCACUGAAGUCCUCCAAAAUCGUUUAUCCAAUUCCCACAAAAUUUGGUAUGUAUCACCAAAUUGAUUUGUCAAAUCAUUUAGAAGAUAUAAACCAAUAACUGUUUUAAUUUUUAAUUUUAUUUAAAAAUUUAAAUGAAAAUAUAAACCUACAUCUUAACGCAAAUGCAGAACUUAACGAAACUUGGGAAACUUGAACAUUAUGACAUUUUGAGGAUACAUGCCGAAUUUCAUUCAAUUCUACCCAUGGUAAUAACUAUUAAAUUGGGGUAACAAAACAAAUCAUUAUCAUUAGCUCAGUAUAAAACAAUAGACUUCAAUAAAAAGUCCCUAGCAUGAUAGAAAAACAAGCAUAUGAGUAUGUGUGUAUUUCUGCCAAGAAUUAAAAGGCUUCUUUAGGUGACAGAGAGAGAGAGAGAGAGAGAGAGUUAUAUUUAGUCCAUGCUAGUGGAGUUAUGUUGAGUGUUUCUGCCUUGGGAUAUUUUUGAUGUUUCUAUGCUUAGGAGAAGGGUGGUAUUAUUUUACUACAUAUACUUGUGUCAUUGACUGGAAGGGGGUUAGAACGUGGAUCCAAACCUGCUAGCACUGUUUAUGCAUCACUCCUCCCUCUCCGAAUACUUGUCCUUGCUAGCCAGGGGCAGAUUGCAUUUCGUAGGGUAUUGGAUAGUGGGACAGCUGUGGGAGGAGGACUGUUCUGCUGUUAUUGGAGACAUGACCUUCACAAAUGGUUUGCAAAGUAAUGAGAUACAUGGAUCAUGUCCAGAAAUACAGUCUGCCCUAUAGAAAAGAAUGCGAAAACUGCACUACUCUACAUUUCUCAGUGGAGGGCAGAUUCUUUGUUAUUGUUGUUUCUUGUUAUACAUGUACUGAUUUAUGGGACUUCAUUUCGGUGUUCUUAUUGACUAUAUUGCAUCCAAUUUUUUUUCCAUAAAUCUAACAGAGGAUGACACAUCAGGAAGUUUUCCACUUCAAUUCCAAAGAGGAUGUGCUCCACUGGCCCCUACUGACACCCCUGAGCUUUAGGAAUGGCUUCAACACCUUAGAGCAUAUCAUGGCCAGGAUUGGAAUCUGAACAAUUCCUGAUCUCAUCAACAUCAAAACUGUAUUUCCUCUGCUGACUGAAGACAACAGUAACAAAGAUCAGUAAAUAAUUAAUCAAAUAUGCAUUUUGCUUUGUUUAAGGACAGGGAUUCAAAAUCCUUCAUCAAACCUCUCCAAAACUCACUUUUUUCAGACUGAUACUGUGUUACAUGAUUACACAUUGCUGUGAAGAAUAGCUGUUUCAUAAUAAUUUGCAUUGGCAUGUGGUUGUUAGCUAAAUCUGUUUGGAGAGGGUGACUUUGUAACGUAUAUAGCAACAAAUUAGGUUUUAUAACAUACAAACAUGUUAAUCCAGUUUAAAGCACUUCAGAGUUCACUGAUAUACAGUAUAGACUGAUAUAUAACACUGAUUUAUAGUUUAUUACAAAAUUGUGUGCUUUUAAUUUUGUAUAACACAAGAAAUAAGUAAUUGUUACAACAUCAUACACUGAUUUGAUUUAGAUUUAGCUGUAAACAAAGGGACUGUAUACUGACCAUAUUAAGAGUGUAUUUUAAUGGGGCCAACUGUUGUUUAAGCUCUGGGUUAUAAUGUUACUUGAUAUUCCUCUUCAGAUGCCAUUUCAAAGCAGAGAUUAGCCUUAUGACUAAUUUUCAAUUAGCAUAUUCAGAUUUUAAUAUGGUGUCCAGUAUAGUUAUGCAGGGUGCAGAAAUGCUGAAUUUUUGUUGGAUUACUCCCAAAACUUUUAAUCAUGAAAAUGCACCAGUAUGUUUAGCACAUGUGUUACCACAUAAAGAACCAUGUUCCAAAUGACCAAGUUUCAUCAUAAACAAUAUUUCUGUGGUUGAUUGGUGUCUAAGAAAACCAAAAGUACAAAUUCAGUCACAUUAAAUUCCUCUCUGAUAUUUGACUAUGAAACUCCCCGGAACAGUGCACAAAGAAGUAAUUUUAGCAACAAAAGUAUCUGAAAUCAUAUUUUCAACACUGUAAGGGCAACAUUUUGUGGAGAAAUCAAAAACAAUAAAUACAACUUUUACAGA